AUGUUUCGGCAAUUUGUCGUUGCCUGCAUAAAUCCAACACGAAUUCUAAUGAAAUCGUAUUCGUGCAAAACACCGAAGUUAUGUCCUAAAAUCCGAACUAAACGUGGCUGGGAGACAAAGAGUAAACCAUUUAAAAUUAAAUUACUUUCUGAAAUAGAACAGGAAAAAGAAGACGCCGAAACUAGUGUUAAAAUAGAUUUGAAACGAUUCAAAUCAUUUUGGGAUAUUACUCCUGAGUGUUGCUACAAGAAAUGCCCAAGAUCUGCACGUUACGAUGAGUCUUACUACAUGCCGUCAAAUCCAUAUAAACGUUAUUAUAACAAAACUUGGGUUGAUUGUCUAAAAGUUGAGAAAGAAGCGCUUUGUGUUGAUGAAAUUCAAGGGUUUCUGGAACCAGAGUAUCGUUCGCGUAAGAUGCUUAAAGAAUGCAGUAGCCGAAAAACUCACUCCAAAAUUCCUAAACAUCUAAUGGCUUGCAAAAAUCCUAAUGUGGAGUCGAGUUCUUGUCUCAGUAAUUUGCAACUGCUUCAUUGUAGAAGUGUACGAAAGCCACCGAAGUGUAAGAAAACUCGUUUAGCAAGCAUGUGUAAGAAAGUUAACCCCCCUUGCCCGAGUUUCUCUGAAUGUGAAUUAAUCAAAAAACUGAAUUCCGAUGGUCCAACAGAAUGCAAGUGUUGGCAAAUGACAUCUUUGUGUGAAACAGUAAGAGAAAUGAGGCAACGACCAUGA